UGGAGUUUGUUCAGAUAGUAAUCAUAAUGGUGGUGAUGACAGUGAUGGUGGUGGUGAUUAUCUGUCUGUUGAACCACAGGCUGUCUACCUUGGCCUUCUUUAGCAGACAGACACACAGCCAAGACCAGGACAGACAGCGGGACCAGGUCAACAUGCAGCACGAUGGCUGUGUGUGGCCAACCAACAGUUUGGUGAUGCAGCAGAGAACCACAGAGGUGAUGUAUGGGCCCAGGCCGUCCCAGGAGAGGUUCAACCCCCCCUCCUUUAUGCAACGGGAGCGUUUCAGCCGCUUCCAGCCCACCUACCCCUACCUGCAGCAGGACAUUGACCUGCCGCCCACCAUCUGCCUGUCUGAUGGGGAAGAGCUGCCGCCCUAUAAAGGCCCAUGUACCUUACAGCUGAGAGACCCAGAGCAGCAGCUGGAACUGAGCAGAGCAUCCAUCAGGCCCCCCCCCAACAGGACCAUCUUCCACAGCGACCUGAUCCAUGUUUACGUCCACAGCGGUGGCCCUCGGCCCCCCAGCAGUAACUCUGGUGUCAGCGCCGCCGAACGCAUGGAGGGACUGCCUCCCACCUACAGCGAGGUCAUGGGUCACUACCCAGGAUCCUCUGCGUUUCACCACCAGAACCAGUACAGCAAUAUAGAGCUGUUCUCCCAGCGGACAGGGAGCAAAGACAGGACACUGACAGACAGAGACAGGCAGAUCAACAACGAAAGCACAACCACCACAGGCUCCUCUGGCUCUAGCAAGGUCAAGGUCAAGGUCAAAGUCAAGGUCAAAGAGAAGGAUAGGGACAGACGACGGGACAAACCAGUGUGAAGGUAGAGAGGGGGGGUUGUACCUGGGCUGUACCAAACAGGACCCACCCCUCUCACCUGAAGGGGAGUGGCCUCCUCUCAGCACUCCCCAUGCACAAUAUGAAGAAACCUGAGGAGCCAAGCUUACAAACAAUCUUUUUUUAUUCCUUAGUUCGGCAUUCAAGAUCUGUGGGCUUCUGCUUGGACACUAAGGCUUCAUAGCUCAUUUCUUGUUUGUUUAUUUUUGUACGCUUUCAUUUAUUUAAGAUAAGAUUGUUGACACUGAUUUUGUUUGAAAGACUGCACCCAGUUAUAGGAGUUAUGGCUUUUAUUUUUUGUUUCCCGGAUCUGUGCACAAACCUUCAAACCUUCAAACUUUCAAACCUUCAAACCUUCAAACCUUCAAACCUUCAAACCUUCAAACCUUCAAACCAAUCCAAAUCCAAAUUAGAGUGCCAUGAUUCCUAGCUGCUAAAUCAACGGGACAUAUCAUCAGAAAUCUGAAGUUGACCUAAUUUAUUGUUUAAAAAGCAGGAGAUGCUUCUCCUAGUUUGAUUGUUUGUGUCCAUGGGCUCCAACAUUUGGAAUUACUGUUUUUUAUCCAGUUAUUAUCCACAACUCUGAUCCAGCCUAACGUCCCCUGAAACUAACUCGAAC